AUUAAAUUUUGCAUCUUCUUUUGAGUUGAUCAUGUUGGAAAUAUUUAAUAUAUUUCAAAUAAAAACUUUUGAUUUAAUUAGUGUCUAAUUUAAUUAAUGACCAUGCACUUAGUUGUUGUUUUGACCGAGUGGGUUUUCUCAACUACUCCCUAUCUUCUAACGUGCAGAUUUUUACUUGGCUGAGCUUUUUCCUCUCCAUAUUUUUAGGAUCAAUAACAAUAUUAUUGUUCCAUCCUUUUUCUAUUAAUAAAUGAGAGUGCUCAUUCUGUGGAGAUAGUUCACGAACUAUUCUGCUAAACACCAAAACACUCUGCAACUCUCUGUCUUCUCCAAGUUUUACAUUUAGAAAAAAAUGCUUUCAUACAAAAGCUUGUGCUGGAUUAGUAUGGUGAUUUCCCUCGUAGUUCUUGUUCCGACUUAUUGUCGAAGGGCUCGUUUAAUCCUAGGGGAAGAUUUUCGUUCACCGGAAAUACUUUCAGAGGACAGCGUUUACGCGUCUCGAGCCGUUGAUUCUUUUGUUAGCUUUCUUUGCAGGUGUAUCAUUGUGUUGACGAUGCUAGACCUGUGUACCUGCGGCAGAACUCCUUCAAAUAUGCAUGAAGAUGGAAUAAGCUGGUGCCAUGCAAAUAAUAAAGAGGAUGAUACGGAGGAAUUUCCAUGCCGCUGCAAACUGCCGGAGGGGAAGAUAGAAACUGCUCGCCGGAGUGCUGCACGUUCACCGGACAGAAAUGGACGGCCAGGAGCUAAGGAUGAAGUCAAUUUAUCAACAAUCUUUGAAAGUAUCACUGGACGAGGCAUGCUCCUGCGACUCCAUUCAAAUGGGCUGCUGAAAUCCUUGUUUACAAACAGGCUGCGUAAGUUGGUAUUUAUAUCAAUUACUUUAGUCUGGGCAGUUUUAUGUAUUCGAGAAUCUGCAUAUGUUAUGUUAAUGCAAUUUGUGAUAAUUUUUAUUGUUACCCUAUUCACAAUAAGCCUUAUUUUAAUCCCACUUAUUAUAAAAUAUGUCAUUUUAUGUGAUAAAAAGACAACUAUGAAAAACAACAACUCACUUAAAUCAAAAUUAAAAUUGAUUAAAAGUGAUGAUGUUUUUGUUGUGGUUGUUUCUCAAAGUUGUAAAAUAAAUGAUGUGAAUGAAUGGAUGGUAGACUCCGGGGCUACCAAGCACAUUUGUAAAAACAAAAGUGCUUUUACCUCCUAUAGUACCACCACGGGAGAUGAUGAAGAGCUCGUGUACCUAGCGGACUCAAAAACCGCAAAGGUGCACGGUAAAGGGAAAGUUCUUUUAAAACUCACGUCGAGGAAAAUUUUAUCACUAAAUUAAAUGACGUACUUUAUGUGCCCGAGAUUCGGACUAAUUUAGUUUCCGUUUCUCUCUUGGUAAAAGUUGGGAUUAAAGUAUCUUUUGAUUGUAACAAAAUUGUUAUGACCAAAAAUGAUGGUUUUGUGGGCAAAGGCUAUUGUAAGAAUGGACGUUAUGUGCUUAGUAUUCCGAAAUUAAUGCGUGAAAAUGCUUCUUAUUUGAUUGAUUCAUAUGAUGUGUGACAUGCAAGAUUAGGACAUGUGAGUGAUUCUUAUAUCAAUUUGUUGCGUGAUCGUGGUUUGAUUUCUAGUGGAAAGAAAUUGACACUAGAAAAAUGUGAUAUUUGUGUUGAGUCAAACCAAACCGAAAAAUCAUGUCCUACCACACAUAGGGAAUUAAAAUUGCUUAAGUUAAUUCACACGGAUUUAGGUGAUUUAAAUUAAAAAAUACCAUGACUAGAGGUGGUAAUAAAUUUUAUGUCAUCUUUAUUGAUGAUUUUUUUAGAUACACUACAGUUUAUUUGCUUAAAAGUAAAGAUGAGGCUUUUGAUAAAUUUUUAGUGUAUAAAUCCGAGGUGGAAAAUCAAUUGAAUAAGAAGAUUAAGAGAGUGAGAUCGGAUAGAGGGGGCGAAUAUAUUUUAAUAAAUGAUUUUUGUGAGAGGGAAGGGAUUAUCCAUGAGAUAACUCCCCCGUAUUCGCCCGAAUCAAAUUGAAUAGCGGAAAGAAAAAAUAGGACAUUAAAAGAAAUGAUGAAUGCUCUUUUAAUUAGUUCUGGUGCUCCUGAUAAUCUGUGGGGGGAGGCUAUUCUUUCUGCUUGUCACUUACAAAACAGAAUUCCUUAUAAGCAUAAUAAGAGAACACCCUAUGAAUUGUGGAAAGGUUAUGUGCCUAAUUUGAAAUAUUUGAAAGUGUGGGGGUGUUUGGCUAAAGUCUUAUUGCCUGAUCCUAAGAAGAGGAAAAUUGGUUCUAAGACAUCCGAUUGCAUAUUUAUCGGUUAUGCUGAAUGUAUUGUUGCUUAUAGAUUUCUUGUUUUGAAAAGUGAUGUGCUUAAUUGCAAUACUAUUAUUGAAACAAAAAAUGCUGACUUUUUUGAGAGUGUGUUUCCUUUAAAACCAGAAUACAAGACCGUUGCACCAUAUCGUGAAAGUGAGCCAUUAAAAGAAAAUAAUGCUUUUAAUGAUGAACCCUCUAAUUUGAGAAGUAAGAGGCCAAGAAUAGAAAAAUCUUUUGGAAAUGAUUUUUAUACAUAUCUUGUUAAUGAUGAACCUUUUACUUAUUCACGAGCUAUUUCAUCAAAAGAGGCUCCCUUUUGGCUUGAGGCAAUUCAAAAUGAAAUUGAAUCUAUUCAGAAAAAUAAAACUUGGAUUUUAACUUAUUUACCUAAAGGGUGCAAACCAAUCGGAUGUAAAUGGAUUUUUAAAAAGAAAUUUAAUCCGGAUGGUUCAAUUGACAAAUAUAAAGCGAGGCUUGUGGCAAAAGGAUUUUCUCAAAAACAAGAUGUUGAUUAUUUUGAUACUUUUGCACCGGUAACGAGAAUAUCUUCCAUUAGAACUUUAAUUGCCUGGGCUUCUAUUCACAAACUUCUUAUCCAUCAAAUGGAUGUUAAAACGGCAUUUUUAAAUGGUGAAUUAGAGGAAGAAAUUUAUAUGGUUCAACCGGAGGGUCAUGUAGUUUCUGGACAGGAACACAAAGUGUGUAAGUUAGUCAAAUCUUUAUAUGGUUUGAAACAAGCUCCUAAACAAUGGAAUGAAAAAUUUGAUGAAGUAUUAUUUGCUCAAGGUUUUACCUCACUUGAAGUAGAUAAGUGUGUAUACACUAAAAUAAAAAAUGGUGUGUGCAUUAUUAUUUGCUUGUAUGUGGAUGACAUGCUAAUAUUUAGUAGCAACCUUGAGUUAAUAAAUGAGACAAAAGCAUUUCUUGCUUCAAAAUUUGAUAUGAAAGAUUUGGGUGAAGCAAAAUUGAUUUUGGGUAUUAAAGUCAUAAGGAAGGAUGAUGGUAUUAUACUAUCUCAAGAGCACUAUGCUGAAAAACUUCUAAAGAAGUUUGGACAUUUCGAUGUCAAACCUGUGAAUAGCCCUUAUGACUCUAAUACACAUUUGAAAAAGUAUAGAGGUGAUCCUGAGGCUCAAUAUGAAUAUGCACAAAUAAUUGGGAGUUUAUUACAUUUAAUGAACUAUACGAGACCCGACAUAGCUUAUGCUGUCAGAAGAUUGAGCCGAUAUACCCAUAAUCCAAAUGGGGAUCAUUGGACCGCGUUGAGGCGGUUAUUGAGAUAUUUGAGAGGUACCAUGAAUUAUGGUAUAUUUUAUAGAGGUUUACCCGCUGUACUAGAGGGAUACAGCGAUUCUAACUGGGUUUCUGACUUAGAUGAGAUUAAAUCCAAUACUGGAUAUAUAUUCACCCUUGGAGGUGGUGCUAUUAUGUGGAAAUCAACCAAACAAUCUCUCAUUUCUAGAUCCACUAUGGAGUCCGAGCGUAUAGCAUUGGAAGUGACUAGUAGUGAGGCGGAGUGGUUGAAAAAUUUCUUAGCAGAAAUUCCGGUUGGUACAAAACCAACACCUUCAGUGUCUAUUCUUUGUGAUUCCCAAAGUGCAAUAAAUACUGCUAAGAAAAUGUGUUAUAAUGGGAAGAAUAGACACAUUCGUUUAAGAUAUAAAGUCAUUAAACGAUUAUUAAAGAAUGGAAUUAUUUCCAUUAAUUUUGUGAGGUCAGAAGGAAAUCUAGCGGAUCCUUUGACUAAAGCCCUAGGACAAAAAAUGAUAAGUGAAACCUCGAGGGAAAUGGGACUUGUGUCACUUGAUUACAAAUAGGGAUGGUAACCCAACUUCUGUGAUUGGAGAUCCCAUGAAGCAAGUUCGUAUGGGUAAUAACAAGUCUUCUAUUUGUUCUGCUAGCCUUAUUACAAUGUCCCAUUUAUAUUGUGUGGAAGGCUAGACUGCAUUCGCUGUGAGGUUAAGCUAAAACUCUUAAUGAUUUUCAUAGCCCUUACGGGUGGUGUGUUAAGUGCAGAACACACUUGAUGAGAUCACCUAUAUGAGUGUGAGGUGGGGCCGCCUCCAUGAAGCCUUGACAAUGCUUCUAGAGCACUCACGAACACCAAGCACACACACGGCCGAAAUGCGCACCAUGGCGUUAACGCGAGGAGUUGUGCAGGGUGAGACAUGGCCAUUAAGACCCUGAUUUACCAUAGUAGCUUCUUGGUUCAUAGAAUCUAUACGUUUCACCAAAAGCUCGGUUUAUAAAGACUUAAUCGUCUCGGUUUGGUUCAUAGUCUAUGGACACCAAACUUAAAGUCUCAUUCCUUUAAUCCAGCAAAUUUUUAAAAUGUUUUCCUCAAAAUUUUUAUUUGAAAUAUGUGGGGGAUUGUUGGAAAUAUUUAAUAUAUUUCAAAUAAAAACUUUUGAUUUAAUUAGUGUCUAAUUUAAUUAAUGACCAUGCACUUAGUUGUUGUUUUGACUGAGUGGGUUUUCUCAACUACUCCGUAUCUUCUAACGUGCAGAUUUUUACUUGGCUGAGCUUUUUCCUCUCCAUAUUUUUAGGAUCAAUAACAAUAUUAUUGUUCCAUCCUUUUUCUAUUAAUAAAUGAGAGUGCUCAUUCUGUGGAGAUAGUUCACGAACUAAUCUGCUAAACACCAAAACACUCUGCAACUCUCUGUCUUCUCCAAGUUUUACAUUUAGAAAAAAAUGCUUUCAUACAAAAGCUUGUGCUGGAUUAGUAUGGUGAUUUCCCUCGUAGUUCUUGUUCCGACUUAUUGUCGAAGGGCUCGUUUAAUCCUGGGGGAAGAUUUUCGUUCACCGGAAAUACUUUCAGAGGACAGCGUUUACGCGUCUCGAGCCGUUGAUUCUUUUGUUAGCUUUCUUUGCAGGUGUAUCAUUGUGUUGACGAUGCUAGACCUGUGUACCUGCGGCAAAACUCCUUCAAAUAUGCAUGAAGAUGGAAUAAGUUGCUGCCAUGCAAAUAAUAAAGAGGAUGAUACGGAGGAAUUUCCAUGCCGCUGCAAACUGCCGGAGGGGAAGAUAGAAACUGCUCGCCGGAGUGCUGCACGUUCACCGGACAUAACUGGACGGCCAGGAGCUAAGGAUGAAGUCAAUUUAUCAACAGUGUUAGGAGCCCUCCUUAAUUGAGAAGUUAAUGAGAAUUCUAGAAUAGUGCGGAGAUGUCUAGAAUUCUCUAGAUGUGUGUAGAGAAAUAUUGAAUGUUCUAGAAUAUUCCGGAGCUUUCUAGAGAGCCGUGGAAUUAUCUAGAAGCGUGUGGAAGAGUGUAGAAUAUUCUAGAACAUUGUGGAGUUUUCUAGAGAAAUGUGGAAUUCUCUAGAAUCGUGCGGAAGUUUGUGGAAGCCUCUAGAACAUUCUCAAGCGAUGUGGAGUUCUCUAGAUCCUUCUAGAAGAUUAGAGAAGCUUGUGGAUAGUUUUUGGAAGAAUCUAGCUAGAAAUGUAGUGAUGCAUAUAAAGUUCUAGAGAAGCUUUGAGAUGAGUUGUAUAAAUAGGGGUGAGAUUUCUCAUUCCUAAAUGAGAGAGCUUAGUGAGAGAGCCAUGUGAGGGCCUAGAGAGAGCCUAGAGAGAGCCUCCUCAAGUGAUGAGAGAGAGAGCCUUGUGGAGAGCUCUUGAGCGAGUGAGUGCUUCCUUGAGAGAGGUGUGUGAGAGUGAAGUAGUCUCAUACAAAGAGUGAUGUGAGCUACCCGUUUACUUGUAAACUAUCUCUUGUACAUUUCAAUUGUAUAAUACAAAGUGAUAUUUUAGAUUGAAUCUUUGUGUUACGAGUGGGUGGGUAAAUAUACAAGAGUCCUUUGAGCUGGUGAUCCUGGAAGAGGUCGGGGGUCGUGUUUUCCCAACAAACAGAUCAAUGAAUUUCUCUCAUAACUUACCUCAAUAAGACCGACAAAAAGAAUUGUAUGAUUUAUUUUACAGUUUUCCAUUGUAUAAAUUUGCAGAAUAAACUUUUCCGUUCGUCGUUGUUAGUCUAGUCCGGUCAAGCGUAUAGAGAUACGCAAGGCACUGCUCCUAAGUCCUAACUAGGUUAAUUGGAAGCAUCCGAAGUAAAUCAGAAGCGCAAAAAAUUUAGGGCGGAAAGCUUCGCCGCUGAAAACAUUCAAGCUCAAUUCGAUUCUUUGCUCCCUGGUUGGACGAAAUCGGGAGAAAGGGGCGCUUCUACAAUUCUACCCGUAGACAAUCCUCC